AUGGACACUGCCCAGCCAGCCUUUGCCCCUCUCGAGGAACGCCCCCUCAAGGACACCAUCUGCCUGUUUGACGUGGACGGCACCCUAACCCCUGCCCGUCUGGGCGCCUCCCCCGAGAUCCUCGCCACCCUCGCGGCCCUCCGCCAAAAGUGCGCCGUCGGCUACGUCGGCGGCUCCGACCUCGCCAAGCAGCAGGAGCAGAUUGGCCAGCCGGCCGGCGUCCCCGUUACCACUCUCUUCGACUACUGCUUCGCUGAAAACGGCCUCACCGCCUACAAGCUCGGCCAGGAGCUCCCGUCCAACAGCUUCAUCCGCUGGAUCGGCGAGGACAAGUACAAGCAGCUCGUCAGCUUCAUCCUGCACUACGUGGCCGACCUGGACGUGCCCGUCAAGCGGGGCACCUUUGUCGAGUUCCGCAACGGCAUGAUCAACGUGAGCCCCGUGGGCAGGAACGCCAGCGUCCAGGAGAGGAACGACUUUGAGCAGUUUGACCGCGGGGCCGGCGUGAGGAAAAAGUUUGUGGCGGCCCUCAGGGAGCGCUUCCCCGACCUUGAUCUGACGUACUCCAUCGGCGGCCAAAUCUCCUUCGACGUCUUCCCCAGGGGCUGGGACAAGACCUACUGCCUCAGGCACCUCGAGCAAGAGGCCCAGAAGCCGGGCGGCGUUGCCUACACCAAGAUCCACUUCUUUGGCGACAAGGCCUUUGAAGGCGGCAACGACUGGGAAAUCUACAGCGACCCUCGCACCAUUGGACACGCCGUCAAGUCUCCCGAUGACACGAUGCGCAUCCUCAAGGAGCUCUUUGACCUGUAG